ACUAUAGCUCCAGUCAGCCGGAACGUUUCUCACUCAAGAUGCCCGUCGGACGCUUUAACGUCACGGACCAUACAUCUUUCGCUCCCAAACAAGGCGGACAGUGUUCAACUGUUGUCUAAACGGUGUACCGUGUGCCCGGUGUCGGUGUUGUGUCGGCGUUGACCCCAGCUCGUCAUGUCGGACACAUGGAGCAAUAUCCAGGCGCACAAGAAGCAGCUGGACUCUCUGCGGGAGAGGCUGCAGCGGCGGCGGAAGGACCCCGCACAACUGUCCGCGGACGGUGGAAGCAGCACGGAGGGUUCCACGGCCAGGAGUGACAGCCCGGCUCCGUCAGCUCCGCUCCCCUCACAGGAGGAGACGGAAAAACCACCAGACCCGGAGCUAGAGAAGAGGCUGCUGGCGUAUCUGUCUGAUCUGAGUCUGUCGCUGCCAACGGACUCCCUCGCCAUCACAAAUGAACUCAGUUCUGAAACAGCUGUCAGUCAUGGGUGCAUCCAGAGUCUGCUGCUCAAAUUCUCUGCUCAGGAACUCAUCGAAGUGCGGCAGCCCGCAUCAGCCUCUUCUUCUACCACUUCCUCCCCUUCGGUCGUGGUAGCAGUGGACCACACAAAACUAUGGGCCAUGAUCGGGACCGGGGCUGGAGCCCAACGAGCUGGAGUCAAGAGAAAAGCAGAAGAUCCAACACACCACAAAAGAGCUCCAGGCUUCCCGCCCUCACUUCAGAGCUCUGCCUCUCCUCCGCACUCGUCCUUCACCUCUCUGACGCCGGCUUCCUCCACUCAGCUGGCGGGGCCUUCUGCAUCGGGGAGCGGGGCUGACAAGAAGGGCAGGAGUAGUAAAAGCCAGUCGUCCCAUUUGGACAUGGAGAUCGAGAGCCUCCUGAACCAACAGUCCACUAAAGAGCAGCAGAGCAAGAAGGUGAGCCGAGAGAUUCUGGAGCUGCUUAAUGCCAGCACAGCUAAGGAGCAGUCCAUCGUGGAAAAGUUCCGGUCUCGCGGCCGAGCUCAGGUCCAAGAGUUCUGCGACCACGGGACCAAAGAGGAGUGUAUACGCUCCGGUGACACGCCACAGCCAUGCACCAAGUUACACUUCCGUCGCAUCAUCAACAAGCACACAGACGAGAGCCUCGGCGACUGCUCCUUCCUCAACACCUGUUUCCACAUGGACACCUGCAAAUACGUCCACUAUGAGAUCGACAGCCCUCCAGAGGCCGAGGGGAGCCUGCUGGGGCCCCAGGCCGGGACCACGGAGCUCGGCCUCUGCGCAGGGGACGCCGACAGCAAUGUGGGCAAACUGUUCCCCUCGCAGUGGAUCUGCUGUGAUAUCCGCUACUUGGACGUGUCCAUCCUCGGUAAGUUUGCUGUGGUGAUGGCCGACCCUCCGUGGGACAUCCACAUGGAGCUGCCCUAUGGUACGCUGACUGAUGACGAGAUGAGAAAACUCAACAUCCCCAUCCUGCAAGAUGACGGCUUCCUCUUCCUCUGGGUCACCGGCAGGGCCAUGGAGCUGGGCAGAGAGUGUCUCAGUCUCUGGGGCUAUGAUCGAGUGGAUGAAAUCAUUUGGGUGAAAACGAACCAGCUUCAGAGAAUCAUCCGCACAGGAAGGACGGGCCAUUGGCUGAACCACGGGAAGGAGCAUUGUCUGGUGGGUGUAAAGGGGAACCCUCAGGGAUUCAACAGAGGUUUGGACUGCGACGUCAUUGUAGCCGAGGUCCGCUCCACCAGUCACAAACCAGACGAGAUCUACGGCAUGAUCGAGAGACUCUCACCCGGCACCAGGAAGAUCGAGCUCUUCGGUCGACCCCACAACGUCCAGCCCAACUGGGUAACUCUUGGAAACCAGCUGGAUGGCAUUCAUCUCCUGGAUCCCGAUGUCGUGGCUCGAUUUAAGAGUCGCUACCCCGACGGCGUCAUCUCCAAACCCAAAAACAUGCAGUGAUGAGGUCACAGGUUUGGAGUUUGUCUAUAGACUGUUUUUGUUUUUUUAUACCAGUGAACUAAUUUCUUAAAUAAACGUUGUUGCCACGUGAAAAAUAAUGUCAGUCACUUUUGGAGCAAUGCUUUCUGUACAUCACUGUGUGUAAUCAUCACAUUCAAUGCUGCGAAACUUCACAUUCACCAACAACAAAAACACAGGAGACGUUUUUAAAUGUACAUUUUUUAGUUGUUAUUUUGUUAGUAAAGAAUAAAGAUACUUUUCUUUUGACAUACUGUAGAUUUGAGGACGUGGUAAUGAUUUUUGCAUCAAAGGAUGAACAUUGAAUUUUGAAAUUCCAGCAGGUUUUCACAGUCACUUGGGAUCAUCAGCACUUAACAUUCACAAGUGUUCAUCGUCGGCAAAUACAGAACCAUGUUCAUCCUGAAGGUUUGUUAUUAAAAGAAAGAAAGAAAGUAAAUACAUUUCAACAUCAAAUGCAACCAGGAGUUUUUUUAAUUACAAAAAUAUGAGAGAAAAAUAGUUAGCCAGAGUGAGCUGAAGCCAAACAUGACUGACACAAUACCUAAGAGAAAUACGUCUUGCUGUGCAGCUCAGUUUACUGAACGCUCUCAAAAGAGGAACUAACUAGAGGCAAAAAGAGGAACAGCUGCUGAGCAUCCUCCUCUGUUUCCUUUCAUUGUCCUUUCACAACAGCAGGAUCAGAAAGUAAAAAUGUUCUGGAUAUUAGAAACUUCAACAGUCGGUUUAGAAACAUGAUUUUCAUGAGGUCUGGAUGAAGACAUUCACCAUCAUACGUCAGGGAUCCCACUGGUUCUUGAAAGUUUGUGAAUUUGAAGACAAAACAAGGCCUCAAAAGUGUUUUUAAAUAGACAUUAAUAAACACGGGUCAUUGAAAGUGCUUAAAUUUAUAUAAUUUAUACAAGAAUAGAAAUGUAGGUGCUUAUUAUUUCAUAUUUUUACUUGAAAGGUAGUCACAUCCAUUUUUAAAAUUAAUGCAUCGUAAUCCAAUGGUCUGAGACAGUCCAAAAAUAUCAGUCAACGUAAUGCAAAAUCGAGUGCAAAAUCUCUAAUUUGUGAUGUCACACGUCUGGUGCUGCCUCACAGACAAUCACUGCAUCUGAAAUAGCACAAUGCGCACUACACACCCAACGUGUAGUACUCUCGUUCAGCAUACUUUUGUGUAAAUAAAUACCACCGAGCUGUAAUUGCUUGCUUCCUGAGAACCAAUUUGCAGGUUGGAGAUGCGUAACCAUGGUGAUCUGUACCUACCUCAGCUCUAAAACACUGAAUGUACGUACGGACAAAAGCUAAAAGUGGCGUGCCCCAAAAAAUAAUCGACAGUUUCUACACCUCAACAUCUGCGUCGCCAAUUUCCUGUCCCCAAAAUGUUCGUAAGCAUGGGUCAAGGUUUCUCCCAUCAAGUCCGUCUCUUUCAGACGAACAUUGUUGUCUUUAACGUUGCAUUGUAGGAUAUUUAUGCUGGUGUAGCGUGCAGUGUUAACAUAUUGUUAUAUUUAACAGGAAGUAGUAUGCAAUCCACAUACUAAAGUUUCGUACCAUGCUAAAAGAA